GGUCGCGGGCGGGCCGGCGGCACCGGCCGCGGAUUGGCUGCGGCGCCGGGCGGAAGUGAUGCGGCUGUCACCGACUCCUCCGGCUCCCGGGAAGCCGCGAGUUUCCGCGGGGAGGCGGCGGCAGCAGCUGCGGCCGGGCAGGCGGGUCUGCAGCCUGUGCUGAGUCAGCACUACUCACAAGGUGAGCGAUGCCUGAUACGCAUUUGCACAACAUGAGUGUGCCGUGGUCAGCCAGCCCAGGAGCUCAACCUCACCCAGAGUGCAGCCUGCCGCUCUGAUGCCGAAGGGGAGGCGGGGAGUGCCACACUUGGAUGCCCGCCUGGGCUUGCCCACCUGCCUCUGGCUGGAGUUCGCCGGGCUCUUCUUACUGGUCCCCUGGGUCAUGGGCCUGGCAGGGGCAGGUGGGCCUGAGGCCCAGCAUCCAGGGGGGCUAAGCUGGGCUGUGCACUUGCACAGCCGGGCCGAUGAGAGGGAGGAGAAGACCCUGGAACAGCGGGCAGACGCCCUGGCGCAGGCAGCAGGCCUCGUGAAUACCGGACGCAUCGGGGAGCUCCAUGGGCACUACCUCUUUGUCCAGCCCGCCGGGCACGGGCAGGCCGUGGAGGUGGAGGCCGUCCGGCAGCGGGCAGAGGCUGCACUGGCCGGCCACGAAGAUGUGCGCUGGCACUCAGAGCAGAGGCUGCUAAAGCGGACCAAGCGCAGUGUCCACUUCAACGACCCCAAGUACCCCCAGCAGUGGCACCUGAAUAACCGGCGGAGCCCCGGCAGGGACAUCAACGUGACGGGUGUGUGGGAACGCAAUGUAACUGGGCGAGGGGUGACAGUCGUGGUGGUGGAUGACGGAGUGGAGCACACCGUCCAGGACAUUGCGCCCAACUACAGCCCAGAGGGUAGCUACGACCUCAACUCCAAUGACCCCGACCCCAUGCCCCACCCAGACGUGGAGAAUGGCAACCACCAUGGCACGCGGUGUGCGGGAGAGAUCGCUGCGGUGCCCAACAACAGCUUCUGUGCAGUGGGCGUGGCGUACGGCAGCCGCAUAGCAGGUAUCCGGGUGCUGGACGGACCGCUCACAGACAGCAUGGAGGCGGUGGCGUUCAACAAGCACUACCAGAUCAAUGACAUCUACAGCUGCAGCUGGGGACCAGACGACGAUGGGAAGACAGUCGACGGCCCCCACCAACUUGGAAAGGCUGCCUUGCAACACGGGGUGAUGGCUGGUCGCCAGGGCUUUGGGAGCAUCUUUGUGGUAGCCAGCGGCAACGGGGGCCAGCACAACGACAACUGCAACUAUGACGGCUACGCCAACUCCAUCUACACCGUCACCAUAGGUGCGGUGGACGAGGAGGGGCGGAUGCCCUUCUACGCAGAGGAGUGUGCCUCCAUGCUGGCGGUCACCUUCAGCGGAGGGGACAAGAUGCUGCGCAGCAUUGUGACCACUGACUGGGACCUUCAGAGGGGCACUGGCUGCACCGAGGGCCACACGGGGACCUCGGCUGCGGCGCCCCUGGCAGCCGGCAUGAUAGCCUUAAUGCUGCAGGUGCGGCCUUGCCUCACGUGGCGGGACGUCCAGCACAUCAUCGUCUUCACAGCCACCCAGUAUGAAGAUCGCCAUGCAGACUGGGUCACCAACGAGGCAGGGUUCAGCCACAGCCACCAGCAUGGUUUCGGCCUGCUCAAUGCCUGGAGACUUGUUAAUGCAGCCAAGGUCUGGACCUCUGUCCCCUACUUAGCUUCCUACGUCAGCCCUGUGAUAAAGGAAAACAAGGCCAUCCCGCAGACGCCCAGUGCCCUGGAGGUCCUGUGGAAUGUCAGCAGGACGGACCUGGAGAUGUCGGGGCUGAAGACACUGGAACACGUGGCAGUCACAGUCUCCAUCACUCAUCCACGCCGCGGCAGCUUGGAACUGAAACUGUUUUGCCCCAGCGGCAUGAUGUCCCUUAUCGGCGCGCCACGCAGCAUGGACUCGGACCCCGGCGGCUUCAGUGACUGGACCUUCUCCACUGUGAGAUGCUGGGGGGAGCGGGCCAGAGGGGUCUACAGGCUCGUGGUGAGGGAUGUAGGAGAUGAGUCACUGCACGUCGGCGUCCUCCAGCAGUGGCAGCUGACCCUAUAUGGCUCUGUGUGGAGUCCGGUAGACAUCAGGGACAGACAAAGGCUGUUGGAAAGUGCCAUGAGUGGGAAGUACCUGCACGACGGCUUCAGCCUGCCCUGCCCCCCCGGGCUGAAAAUCCCUGAGGAGGACGGUUACACCAUCACCCCUAACACCCUCAAGACGCUGGUGCUGGUGGGCUGCUUCACCAUCUUCUGGACCGUCUACUACAUGCUGGAAAUGUAUCUGAGCCAGAGGAGUGUGGCCGCCAGCUCGGCCUGUGGGCGUGGACCCUGCCACUGGCCCCACCGGAGCCGAAAAGCCAAGGAGGAAGGGACAGAGCUGGAGUCAGUGCCGCUGUGCCACAGCAAGGAUCUCGGCGGCGUGGAGACAGAGAGCGGGGGCCCCCCCGCCAGCCCUGGCCUCCUUGUCCCCGACCCGCUGGUCCAGAGCAGCAAGAGUGCACCAGACUGCCCCCCGGACCUGCCGCAGCGGAGGGAAGAGCAGAUCUGCUGACCUUGGAGCCUGGCAGGCUCCGCGUGGGACAGGCUCUUCCCCGAUGGAGGAGCUGGGAAGCCUGCUCCUGCCUGCCGGGGCUCUGGGAGAGAGGCCUCCGCGGCUUCCUCCGGCUAUGCUCAGGGACGGGGGGGGACCUUCCUAAGGUGCCACUGGCAGAGGACUGGUGCCAGACAGUGGUCUGGCACGCGCCGCAGGUCUCCAGCUCAGUGGGAGCUGCUGGCGAGGUCUCGGACAAGGCGUUGGUGCCCCAUUGGGCAGGCCUCCAUCCCCGAGUCUCUCGGGCAAGCAUGGGUGAUAGGAUGCCUGCCGUGGCCAGUAAAGCAACUCAGCAGAGGCAUCUCUGGGGUCACUCAGAAAGGGGGUGGGGGACAAGCGGAGAUGGGGCAGAGCACCGGACAGACACGCCCCCUGCCUCCCUUCCCUACGCCCCAUCAGAAGCCAGCCUAGAACACGGCCUGCCUCCCGCCCCGGCGCCCCUCCCCUGCAUCUUUCCAAAGGAUUGGUACGAGGCUCCCGCCCCAAGUGGUGGUGGUGGGGGUGCUGGGACUCAGCUUCCCGGGCCUGUGGUGCCACCUCUGGGAAGUCGAAGAACAGAGGAGCAGGUGCCACUCUGGGCCGUGACUACCCCGUCUUCCUCUGCAGCCGCUCAGGGAAAUGGCCCUCCCCUGGGGCCAGCUGUCCCCUCACGGGCUGGGCCUCUUCCACUGUUGGCCUCGCCCUUCUUCUGAGCUAAACGGUGGAUUUGAAUUUUCUUUUUUAAAUGCUUAAGUUUUGGCUUACUCUUUUCACAGCAACAUUUUGUUGAAUUUUUUUCCGCGCAGCUUUUCCAAAAUAAAAACCUUCCAAACCA